CGCGGUCGAUUGAGGAACAGCCAUCGCAAAUCGCAAAUCGCAAAUCGCGCGUCCUUAUUCCGCGAUAUCGCCGAGGAAUCAACCACACCUUAGGGGAGGGGCGUCGUCGAGAAUCGAAACCAACAGAUUCUGAAAACAGAAGAAAGUAUCCAGUGCAAUACCCCGGCGACGUCAUGCUCGAGCGUGUUAUCUACCGUGGAAUUCCCUCCGCCGUCUCCUUUUGGCCUGCACAUUUCAGUCGCCGUCUCCUUCACUCCGCUUGUUUCCGCCUUCCCGUUUCACGUGUUGAUUCUUCGGUGUUUGGACAGAGGUUCAAUGUUCGCCGGCGAGAGGAAUUGUCUUUACAGAAGUCGUUUGGUAAAGUUUUCGCGUCGCAGAGAGAUUAUAGGAAGACUCGCCGGCGUCCAGUAAAGAAGAAUGACAAGGAACUGGAAUUCAGUGUUAAUAUUUGCAUCGAGGAAGAAUUGCCAGAUGAUCCUAAAAUUCUGGAUAUUGCAGAGUUGCUUCGCGUAAAUGUUCCAAUGGCUAUGAAGUUGGCACUUAAGGGUCUAAAUGACUCAGAGUAUAAAACAAGGGAUCCUAGUGUAGAUGAUAUUGGGAGUUACGAAACUGUGGAGUUGUCAGUGCUUCUUUGCAAUGAUGGUUUCAUUCGCAAACUGAAUAAAGACUGGAGAGAUGAAGAUAAAGCAACUGAUGUGCUUUCCAUGUCCCAGCAUAUCCCAGAACUUAAGCUUCCUAUUCUCAUGUUGGGUGAUAUUGUUAUUUCCAUUGAGACAGCUGCACGACAAGCAGAGGAAAGAGGGCAUACACUUCUGGAUGAGAUACGUGUUCUAUUGGUUCAUGGGCUGUUGCAUUUAUUGGGAUUUGACCAUGAAAUAAGCGUUGAAGCUGAAGCAGAAAUGGAGAAAGAGGAGGGAAUUUUAUUGACAAAUCUUGGAUGGAAAGGGAAGGGACUAAUUCAAAGUGCAAUUAUAGCUGAAGAGACUACAAGUUCUCAUUUGGAUGUGUCAGCUGACAGGAAGAAAGAAGGGAACCCGCGGCUUUCCAAACCAAAAUUCAGCUAUAUCUUCUGUGAUAUGGAUGGCACAUUGCUAAAUAGCAGAAGUCUAGUUUCAUCAGCAAAUGCAGAAGCCUUAAGAGAAGCCUCAUCUAGGGGUGUUAAAGUUGUUAUAGCCACUGGCAAGACUCGUCCAGCUGCGAUACGUGUUUUGGAUAUGGUGGAUUUAGCAGGAAAAAAUGGUAUAAUUUCAGAGUUCUCUCCCGGCGUCUUCAUACAGGGAUUGAUUGUUUAUGGUCGACAAGGUCGAGAAAUCUCGAGAAAGAAUUUAGAUCCAGAUAUUUGCAGAGAGACAUUCCUCUAUUCUUUGGAUCGUAAGAUCCCACUUAUUGCGUUCAGUGGAGACCGCUGCUUAACGUUAUUUGAUCACCCUCUCGUUGAUUCACUUCAUACAGUCUAUCAUGAGCCGAAGGCUGAAAUUAUGUCAUCAAUUGAUCACCUUUUGACUGGUAAUGACAUACAGAAAGUAAUAUAUUUGGACACUGCCGAGGGAGUUACUGAAACUCUUCGUCCUUAUUGGUCUGUGGAAACAAGAGAUAGAGCGACUGUUGUUCAGGCGGUUCCAGAUAUGCUUGAAAUAGUCCCGCCUGGAACUUCCAAAGGAGAUGGAGUCAAGUUGUUGCUCGAUCAUUUGGGUGUAACAGCAAAUGAGAUAAUGGCUAUAGGGGAUGGCGAAAAUGAUGUGGAGAUGCUCGAGCUUGCUUCUCUAGGGAUUGCACUCAACAAUGGAUCAGAGAAAGCCAAAGCUGCUGCCAACAUUAUUGGUCUCACCAACGACGAGGAUGGAGUUGCUGAUGCCAUUUAUCGCUAUGCAUUUUGAGUGGAAUUGAUAUUCUAUUCUACUAUUUUAGGUGGGAAGUUGAAUUAGUUACUUGUGUAGAUCUGUCUGUAACUUUGCAAAUUAUUCAAUUUAAUUCCAUAAUUCUUAUUUGAAUUGCGGGUUUUCGAGAAAGCAGAAAUUGUUUGUGUAAAUGGGCAUUUUUGGUUGACUUGUA